AUGAGUUUCCCUCGAAAAAGGCACGCGUUGAUGAAACAGAAUCUGUCAAAAUUUUGGAAUGCUCUUCCAAGUGCUGACAUAGUUGAUGAUAUUCUUUCUCUUGAAUCUGGUGUAUUUCCUAAUGUUCGAGAUAAUCCCUCAAAAAUUUUUAUUCGGAAAGCUUACACAGAUCUUUUCAAAGAGAUUAAAGCAUUGAUUGAAAGUCACAAAUAUUACCGGAUUGUAAUUACAGGAAACCCUGGAAUUGGCAAAAGCUAUUUUCUUUAUUAUUUACUAUAUGAGUUAGCAAAAUCUGGAGAAACUGUGGUGUUGGAUAGCCAUGACCGUGAUAAAUGUAUCGUUUUUAAGCAUGCCAUGGUUAAAUUGGAGAACAUUGGUAACGUGGGUCAUAUUUUGAAUGAAGAAACAAACUGGUAUCUAGUUGAUACCAAGAAACCUUUGCGAUAUGGAGCGAUUACCAUUCUUGUCUCAUCACAGACCCACGAUAUUAUAAGGA